AUGAGCACCAGAGGGAACGAAUACCUCGAUGCUGGGUCAAGCGACACUGACCAUGAGGAAGGUUAUGAUUCAGAAGCUGUGGAGUACUCGAAGUUUGGGACGAAGCGACAGAAGCUCUCAUCCUCCGCGGUAGAGCAUGUCGCCGAGGUUGUCAUUGCAGACAACGAAGCAGAGGAUGAUGCUCGGAUUGUCCAUUCUCCACACCCAAGCUCAACAGGGCGAGGAACAUCGAACUCUCCCCAACGUUCUAUCAAAGCACCUGAUACAUCAAGGAAGGUUUCGAAGACCUCAAAACCUGGUGUGAUCUAUCUUUCGUCUCUCCCGCCGUAUCUCAAACCUUCCGCUCUACGCAACUUACUUACACAACGAGGCUUCUCGCCCAUCACUCGCCUCUUCCUUGCCCCAUCAUCUAAAGCCAAAAAUCAUCAUUCCUCCAAGAAAAGCUCGCGACAACUCUACACUGAAGGAUGGAUUGAGUUCGCCUCGAAGAAGACAGCGAAGCGUUGUGCCGCAACUUUAAAUGCGGCUACUGUCGGAGGCCGGAAAGGUGGGUUCUAUCACGAUGACAUAUGGAAUAUGAAGUAUCUACGAGGCGUCGGUUGGGACGACUUGAUGGCACAGGUGAGGGAGGAAAGGAGGGAAGAGGAAGUACGGAGGAUGGAGGAGAGAGGACAGAUUGCCAGGGAAACAAAGGAGUUCAUUGAGGGUGUCGAGAGGGGGAAAAUGACCCGGGGAAUCCAGAGCUCAAGAAGGAAGAAGAGGAAGAAGGACGAUGUGGAGGCGCAGACUGAGGAUCCACAGAGUGCAUUGGAUAAGGCCAAUGAAGGAUUAACAUGGAGGCAAUACAAGGUAAAGGGCAGUGGUAGUGGUGGGCAAGAGGGUGACAGCGCAGCAGUAAGCGAUGAUGUGAAACGGGUCCUGAGCAAGAUCUUCUGA